AUGUCUACUGACGGGCUUCCCGCUGGUGGGCGAUUCAACAGCAUUAAGGAGUGGCAGCGGGCUCUUUUCGGAUAUCCGCUUCACCCCGAGCAAGGCUAUUAUCUGGGCUUUGAACCGUACAAUGGUGAUCACAAAUCAAGUGAGGCAGACCUGGAAGAACGGAACGAACUGAACGCGACUGAAAAUGAAAACGGACAUCCUAGUGAUGACCUAACUACGAACGGCCGCGAACAAUGGCUUCAAGAAAUGGACCAUGCAUUUGGCAAGGCCAGAACAUGCGCAGAUGCAGAGAUCGUAGUGUCUAUUGAAACGGUUGCGCCAGAAGACAAAGUACAGCUCAUGAAGACGAUCAAAGAUGGCAUUGAUCGAAGCAAGCAAGCUAUGGAAAACAGCAAUGCCAAGUUGGAACAGGACAUCCAAGACGCGAACAGAUCUUUCCACGCCGAGAUGGAUUUAAUGAACGAGUGGCACGAGCGCAUGAAGGCGCAAGACCUCAUCUUGGACAAGAGAAAGGAAAUACAUGUUCGUUUGCCUACGAACCAAGUCAUUACCCCAUCAACGCAGGAAUUGAUCUUGACUUUGAGACAAAGAAGACGGCGAUGGUCAGAUGUCUCCAGGAGGCUUGCUGGGAUCAAAAGGAACUUUUAG